AUGGAGAUCGUCACACAUUUAAUUAAUGACACCAUAGAGUUCUACAAAUGGACCCUAACGAUUGCAGACAAGCGAGUGGAGAAAUGGCCUCUGAUGGACAACCCGCUGCCCACGCUGGCCAUCAGCACCUCCUACCUGCUGUUCCUCUGGCUGGGGCCCAAAUACAUGAAGAACAGAGAGCCCUUCCAGCUCCGCAAAACCCUCAUUGUUUACAACUUCAGCAUGGUCUUCCUCAACUUCUUCAUCUUUAAAGAAUUGUUUAUGGCGGCGCGGGCGGCGAGCUACAGUUACAUUUGCCAACCGGUGGACUAUUCAGACGACCCCAAUGAAGUCAGGGUGGCAGGAGCGCUGUGGUGGUAUUUCGUCUCUAAGGGCAUCGAGUAUCUGGACACAGUGUUUUUCAUCCUGAGGAAAAAAUUCAACCAGGUCACCUUCCUGCACGUCUACCACCACUGCACCAUGUUCACGCUCUGGUGGAUCGGCAUCAAAUGGGUGGCAGGAGGACAGUCAUUCUUUGGUGCGCACAUGAACGCAGCAAUCCACGUCUUGAUGUACCUGUACUAUGGCCUGGCCUCCUGUGGGCCCAAGAUCCAAAAGUACCUGUGGUGGAAGAAGUACUUGACCAUCAUCCAGAUGAUCCAGUUCCACGUCACCAUCGGCCACACAGCCCUGUCCCUCUACGUCAACUGCGACUUCCCCCACUGGAUGCACUACUCCCUCAUCUGCUACGCCAUCACCUUCAUCAUCCUCUUCGGCAACUUCUACUACCAGACCUACCGCCGCCAGCAGCCCAGGCGCGACGCCUCCUCCUCCUCCUCCUCCAAAGCGGGCAAGGCCCUCUCUAACGGCAGCCUGAACGGCCUCAGCAAGGCCGCCAACGGGGCGGCGGUGACGGGGAGCAAAGAGGAGAAGCCCCAGGAGAACUCUGGCAGGAGAAAGAGGAAAGGAAGGGCUAAAAGAGAUUAG